GGUCAUAUAGCAUGGACAAAAUUAUUACCUCAGGUUACUGAAGAAUAUAAUCAUACACCUCAUAACAAAGUUCCCACCAUAGUAUUUAAUUUUACAGAUGGAGUAUUACUGCCACUAAACCACCGUCAGAAAAUAAAUCAUGGUGGAACGUUAACCAUACAAGGGGUUCAACGAUCUGCUGACAGAGGAGAAUAUAGUUGCUCCAUAAAGAAUCCUGAUGGACAGACCGCAUCUGGAUCGACCUACGUGUCAGUUGUAGUGCCUCCAGUAAUUGAUCCACACUACUUUAGAGAGAGUAUCACUGUAGACGAAGAAGCCAGAACCAAACUUAUGUGCGUUGUGAUCAAGGGCGAUCCUCCUAUGCGCUUUCACUGGUUGAAAAACGGGCAGACAUUUCUAGCGCAUGGUGAUACCACAGUACAGACAUUUGAGGAUACAUCUAUCGUGACUUUCAAAAAAGUUGUGUCCACUGAUAGAGGACAAUAUACCUGUGUUGCAACGAAUGUAGCUGCAUCCACUAAUAGAACUAGUCAACUUAUUGUAAAUGUGCCACCUCAGUGGACUGUAGAACCAAAGAAUACUACGGUGAUUCUAGGACAUCGAGUAUGGAUAGACUGCGCAGCCAUUGGAUUUCCUGCUCCAAGUAUUCUGUGGAAGAAACUUAUACAUACAGAAAGUAGUACUGGAGACUUCACAUAUGUACACUCAAAUCCUCGGGCUCACAGGUAUAACAAUGGAACCCUAGUAUUAUCUGACGUUGAAGAAAAUGAUGCUGGUGCUUAUUUAUGUCAAGCAACUAACGGUAUUGCUGCCGGCCUGAGUAAAAUUAUUUCUCUUCAAGUUUUAGCUCCUCCAAAAUUUAAAGAACCAUAUCAAACCAAGACAGUGACAGAAGAAUCAAAUACGACUUUAAGAUGCAUUGCAACUGGGCAUGGUCCAAUAGUUAUCACUUGGCAAAAGGAUAAAUCUUUAAUUGACAUAAACAAACGUGGAAGAUUUUCCAUACGGGAUAUAGCAGAUUCACGACAAACAAUGUCAGAAUUUUACAUUCUGAAAACACAUCGUAAUGAUUCUGGAAUAUACAGUUGUUCUGCUGUAAGUGACAUCGGAACAGAUGAAGCUACCAUACAAUAUAUCGUCCAAGGUCGACCUGAUCCUCCGUCGAAUAUUAGCGUCGUCAAUGUUACUAGCCGUUCUGUCACUCUACAGUGGGAGGUCACACAUGAUGGUAAUAGCCACGUAACUGGAAGCGUUGUGCAAUACCAAACAAUAUCUGACAGUAGCUGGAACGGACAAACAUCACAACUGAUUGUUUCUGGAUCGGAAAAAAUGGCAACUCUAAGGGCUCUGUCACCAGUCACUCUAUAUUUCAUUCGAAUUGUUGCUGAAAAUGCUCUUGGUCACAGUGCGCCUAGUGAAGUGAUUAAUGUUACGACUUCUGAAGAAGCUCCAUCUGGUUCGCCAAGAGACGUCCAAGUUCAGUCUACAGGAGCACAGUCCAUGAAAGUAACAUGGAAGCCACCACCUGAUGACGUUAGUAAUGGAUAUAUUCGUGGUUACUACGUAGGAUAUCGAGCAUCUUCAUCGGCCGAGCCUUACACUUAUAAACAAGUUGAGAGAUCAGUAGAGAGCGACCAACAAUCGACAUACAUAACAGGCUUACAGCCAUUUACUAAGUACGACAUUGUUAUUAAAGCAUUCAACUCCGCAGGGGCUGGACCAAAAUCUACAAAAAUCACUGGCAAGACGUUGGAAACAGCUCCACCAACUUCACCUGUUGUUCAAGUGAUAUCAACAACGAAGCAAUCAAUAGAAAUCAAAUGGGAAAAGGAUGCUAAAGAUAAAUCUGCAAUUACAGAGUACACGCUUCAUUACAAAACGGAUGAUGGUAAUUGGCAGCAAGAGCAGCUGAGCAGAGACGCAGAUCAUUACACCCUCAGAAACCUUCGCUGUGGUACUCGAUAUCAUCUCUAUAUGACAGCUUCGAACAGUUUGGGUACAGGAGAACCAAGUGAACCAGUUUCAGCUCGAACAAAAGGAGCGGCUCCAAUGUCACCACAGGAAUCGAACUUCUUGCAACCCAAUACGACCUCAGUGACACUAAACUUGGGAGCCUGGCAAAGUGGGGGUUGUCCAAUCCGUCAUUUUGUUGUCCAGCACAGACCUAAAUACCAAAAUCAGUGGACUAAAGUACCUGAUAAACUAGAAAUGCCGAGAGAUACUUAUGUGGUUCGAAAUCUGUCUCCAGAUAGGGAAUAUGUGGUCAUGGUUACUGCCCACAGCGAAGCUGGUCUUACGCAAGGGGAAUACAAUUUCAGGACACUUCGCUCACUACAAGGAGGAUCUCCCUCCUCGCCUGCUUUCGGAAAAAGAGAAACUGAUUUGCCAUUUUACAAAAAUGUAGCCCUUGUAAUUCCUGUUGUGGUUUCUUCUCUGGUUCUCCUUAUGGUAAUUUUUAUUGUAGUGGUUUGUCUCAGAAAGCAUUCUCAAGAUAGAAGAGAAUACGAAAUGCGCAAACCUUGCGGAGAUUCACUUGUAAUGAGCGACCUUAAUAAGCAGAUUUCAAGUAAAUACUCGAAAACAUCACACUAUUCUUGUCCAAACGCAAACAAAGGUGAUUAUGCUGACCCAGCUGUUGGAACAAGACAGAAUACUGAAGGUCUGUUUGUACUAUCAAGAGAUGCCACAGGGCAGUAUAGAGGCCCUCAAACCAAGGUUACGUAUAGUGUAUUUUCAGAGGGCUCCUUAUUCUAUUAUUAA